AUGACUUCAGACGCUCUAAGAACCACUUACUCACCGGGCAGCAGUUCCACGUGGACAGCGACUAGUGACUUAAACCAGACCGACCACACAACAUCCACAACUGGCAAUACAGAGACAGACACCUACACCAGUCAGACUACUCUACUAGUACCUAGUACCAGUACACACAGUCAGACUACUCCUACUAGUACCACCAGUCAGACUGCUUCUACUAGUACCACCAGUCAGACUACUACUAGUACCACCAGUCAGACUACUCCUACUAGUACCACCAGUCAGACUACUCCUACUAGUACCACCAGUCAGACUACUCCUACUAGUACCACCAGUCAGACUACUCCUACUAGUACCACCAGCCAGACCAUAAUAGGUAGCACUUCUACUCUAGCUGAUGCAACUAGUAAUGACUACCAGACCACAAUAGCCAGUCUUUCGAGUCAGACCACAGGAGACAGUGUUACCAAUCAGACCUCAACUGCAAGUGUUGCCAGUCAGACCUCAGCUGCCAGUGUUACAAACGAGGCUACAACGGAAAGCUCUAGAAGUCAGACCACAAUAGACAGCAUUACUAACCAAACUUCUACUGAUAGUAUUGCCAGCCAGGCAACAACUAGUCUGACCUACCAAAUCACAACAGACAGUAUUACCGACCAAACUACAAUGGAUAGCAUUACCAACCAAAUUACAACGGACAGUGUUGCCAACCAAACCACUACUGACAGUGUUGCCAACCAAACCACAACGGACAGUGUUGCCAACCAAACCACUACUGACAGUGUUGCCAACCAAACCGCAACGGACAGGGUUGCCAACCAAACCACAACGGACAGCGUUGCCAACCAAACCACGACAACUAGUGUUGCCAACCAAACCACGACAGCUAGUGUUGCCAACCAAACCACAACGGACAAUGUGCCAACCAACCACAACGGACAAUGUUGUCAACCAACCCACAACGGACAAUGUUGCCAACCAACCCACAACGGACAGUGUUGCCAGCCAAACCACAGCGGACAGUGUUGCCAACAUUGUUCCGGACAAGACCACAGACCAGACUAUAUUGGCCGCUAA